AUGCCCUCGAUCCUAAACGACGAUGACAAGCAGAAUGUCAAGCGCCAGGUGCCCAAGGCUUCCAACAAGAUCCAUGCCGUCGCCGUCGCAAAAUUGUACGUUGCAUACCCAAACCACAACAGAUGGCAGUACACCGGUCUGCAGGGCGCCAUAGUCCUCGCCAACGACCUUGUCGGCAACACUUUCUGGAUCAAGAUGGUCGACGUCUCGGUACGCCCUUUCUCCUCAUGCCCAUGCCGUGUGCCUCGACUGACCACUUCUCCAGCCCUCGAACCGCGGCGUCGUCUGGGACCAGGAAAUCUACGACACCUUCCAGUACAACCAGGACCGUACCUUCUUCCACACCUUUGA